UGUCCUCCUACUGAACACAAAUCACAGCUCCUCAUUUCAACUCCACUUUCCAGAAGUUUCCUCGCAGUGCAGAAUAAAUUCCACAGUGUGAACAGCAACACGUCAGAGAAGGCGACAGACUCCGGAGAGUUAUAGGCGCUGACGUGGCAGCUGAGAAAGUAUCCUCACUUGCUGUCAGCCCAGUCUCUCUGGAUGGAGAGCAGAAAGCCUGUAAUUACACGGCUAUUGAUAUUUCAAGUCGAGGUCUGCUCAGCUCAGGCCUUCCUGGUCAACCAUUAAAAUUACAACAACCAAGCAAACGCUAACAACUUCAAAUCAAGGAAAACAAAGUCACAUCUCAAGAACGAUGUGGGUGAAAAUCCUGGUGGGCCUGUGCCUGUUGGCCAGCGUCCAAGCGGACAAGAAGCUUAGCAGCCACGCAACCACCCUGGCAGACAACAGCGCCAAUUUGGCCUUUAACCUCUACCACAACAUGGCCAAGGAAAAAGAUAUGGAGAAUAUCCUGAUUUCUCCUGUGGUAGUGGCUUCUUCUUUGGGCCUGGUGGCUCUUGGAGGAAAAGCCUCCACAGCCUCGCAGGUAAAAAAUGUCCUCAGUGCGAAUAAAGUAAAAGAUGAGAAUCUCCACUCCGGCCUGGCUGAACUUCUAAAUGAUGUUAGCGACCCCAAGGUGCGUAACGUCACCUGGAAGAUUAACAACCGGCUCUACGGCCCCAGCUCGGUUAGCUUUUCUGAUGAUUUUGUGAAGAAGAGCAAGAAGCACUACAACUACGAGCAUGCCAAGAUUAACUUCCGUGACAAGAAAAGCGCCAUCAAGGCCAUCAACGAAUGGGCUUCCAAGUCUACUGAUGGCAAGCUGCCGGAGAUCACCAAAGAUGUCGAGAAGACCGAUGGCGCCAUGAUCAUCAAUGCAAUGUUCUACAAACCUCAUUGGGAUGAACAAUUCCAUCAGCAGAUGGUUGACAACCGUGGCUUCCUCGUCCAUCGGUCAUACACGGUGUCGGUUCCCAUGAUGCACCGCACAGGUCUAUACCCCUUUUAUGACGACACUGCCAACAGCUUCUUCGUCCUGGAGAUGCCUCUGGCUCAUAAGAAAUCCUCUGUUAUCUUCAUCAUGCCCUACCAUGUGGAGUCUUUGGAGAGGCUGGAGAAAAUGCUGACACGGAAACAGCUGGACAUCUGGCAGUCUAAACUUGAGCAGAAAGCUGUGGCUGUCUCUUUACCGAAGAUCAGCAUGGAGGUCAGCCACAAUCUGCAGAAAUAUCUGGGAGAACUUGGUGUAACCGAGGCUGUGGAUAAAACCAAAGCUGAUCUAUCCAACAUCUCAGGAAAGAAAGACCUUUACCUGGCCAACGUCUUCCACGCCUCCGCCUUUGAGUGGGACACCACUGGCAACCCUCCAGACACCAGCAUCUUCGGCACGGACAAGGUGAAGAACCCCAAACUGUUCUAUGCGGACCAUCCAUUCAUCUUCCUGGUGAAAGACAAGAACACCAACUCCAUCCUCUUCAUCGGCAGGCUGGUCCGGCCCAAAGGCGACAAGAUGAGAGACGAAUUAUAACUGACUUCAGAGCAAGUUCGAAUUGAAUCACGUAGAAAGCAUGUGUUCGCAUAUAUAUGUGUGUGUGUGUGUUGGUGAGUAUGAGACUGACGAACAAAGUGUGUAUGUGUGUGUGAGUGUGGCAUUUGACUAUUGACUGAACCAGCAGAGGACUGUUACCUCAAGAGGACAUUCCAGAAGAUCUGUGGACCACCACCCAUGUGUUUCAGGCAUGUUCGAUCCCGAACACGUACACCGUGUUAGACUCAAAGCAGUGUGUACUCGACCAAAGCAAUCCAACUCAACAAAGGAGUGUGCAUUGACAUGUUAAAUGCGAAAUGAAAUACUUUUGCGACUAUUUUGACCAGUAAGUGCGACCAGAUAAUGUCAUCAAAAGAGUUGUGACGCCUUUCCAAUACCGCCCUUGUUGUCUUCCCCUUAAGUCUUUACCACUGGCGUUUUACAAAAACACAAACUCGGUAGCAAUGACUAUAAUUUCUUUAGCAAUUUUUUCCCUACAUUAUGUGCAAACUAAACUCCUGAUUAGCUCACUAGCAUAUGAUCGACUCCGAGUUAGCAUGCUCAAGUUCUGACUAGCCUGCUACAUAACUAGCAGACUAUGUCUAUUAUUGUUCUGCUUUACAUUCAUAAACAACUUCAUCCACCAUAUUUGCACUUUAGCGACGGAAAUUGCAUCAGACUGUAAUGCCUUCUGGGAAAGUUUAGCUUGCAUGUUGGUCUCUCAUGCAUCUUAAAGGGCUAGCUCUGAAAACAGACAAGGGGAUUCCCUUAAGGGGAAAGUCGAUAAGGGUGUGCUAAAAAUAUUAUAGCAGACACUUACUAUGUUAACGGUGUUUAAUUGCCUUUUUCCUGCAUCUACUCUUUAUUUAUACAUCCCUUAGAUGUCUAUCAAUUUGGGAAGGCUUACUCUUCUUCAGGAUAAAGAUCAAAAGCAGCCAGCAUGGUCGCACACUAAUACCACUCCGAGAUACAUCCUUCAACAGCGUUCUCUCAGGGUUUUUAGCUUUUCUUGUACAUACGCCUGAAAGGCCUUGCUUAGGUACGACGCUGUAUGAAAGACGAUCUGGGUUCGUGAAACAUCUCUCAGUAUCUGAAGGAUUUUAUGAAAGUUUCACAAAAUGCACACAGAGUACAUUCCUGUUGAGCCUCGGAUACAACCACGUGUCUGACCUGGCUGCAGUCCGCACUGAACAUGCUCCUCUGUACUAGAAAACCUGUGACUGUUUAAAUUUGUUGAUCGACCUGGCUAUGAAACUGUUUUCUGACAAAUUGUAUGUUGUUGUUUUUUUUUCC